CACCUGGUUAAACCGACAGAACGGGCUCUGGAAUUGGCAAAGCAAUCUCUUAAGUGUUUCAAACAUGAAAGGGUAUUUAGAAGUCAUUCUUGCGUUCUGCGUUGUUUAUUGUGUUGCAGCGCAAGAGACACAGUACGAGGAGAAAAUAUUAGAACUGGAACGGAAAGUAGACCUGCUGGCACGAAAUGUCAACGCAAAAGAAUGCAGUAAGUGCCCGAUAGGAUGGACACGUUACGGUGGGUCUUGUUACCUAGUGUUGGAGGCCCCUUUAACAUUUAGUGGAGCAAGAGCCGCAUGUGCAAAACGCAGGGCUGUAUUAGUCCAUAUAAAUAACGCAGAAGAAAACAAGUUUCUAGCAUCGUACGUGAAAAGGAAAUCAAAAGGUUAUAACUAUUGGAUCGGACUGACAGAUUACAACACAGAAGGUACUUUCCGAUGGAUUGACGACAAAUCAUCCCCAACUUUUCAAAACUGGGCGUACAAUCAACCUGAUAAUGCACAGAAUAGAGAAGAUUGCGUACAUCUGAUCACCCGUUUGAAUUUCAAAUGGAAUGACCGACCGUGUUUAGAUCGUAUAAAGUCCAUUUGUGAACGGAAAAUAACAGGUUGAAAAUAAAUAAACAGAACCAGAAUACACCCCACAUAUGCAAAAAAAAGAAAGAAAAAACAUUGAAAGGAACAUUGUAAACAACUCUUACACUAGUAAAUAGAAUAGCUAUAUUUUCUAUCAAUUCAUUAAGAUUAUAUUGCCUUUAAAACUCAUAAGAAUAUGGAAAAAUCUUAUAUAUUCAUGCUUAUAUGCUUAGCUCAUUUUCCCCUUUAAUCCCCUAUUUAAUAAAGUAGUAAUCAAACGUA